AUCGCAAGGCCACGGAGACAUAAAGGAACUCGGCGCACUGCUUACCUGUUCAUAGGUGUGGGGGUGACUGGGGGGCCCUUACUUCACUGUCACCUGGGGAUUUCUUUGGUAUCAGGGUAUCGGGUUGUUCGCUUUGCUUUAUUUCUUUAUCUCUAUCUUUUAUUUUUUUUUUUUUUAAAGUUAAUUUCUGUAAAAAAUGACGCUCAAUCCUGAACACCUGGUGCUGCUAUUCACCACGACGUCUGGCGCGAGCGGAGAGCUGUUAGGUUCAGACGAGAAGGAAAUCGUUCAGCUUGUGUGGCAGGUCUUGGAUUUAGGCACUAAAAAGACUGGUGCAGUGAAUGAAGUGCUGGUGAAGCCGGAGAGUGUGGAAGUGACGGAGGAGUGUAGAGAAGUGAGCGGCCUGAGUGAGGAGGCCCUCUCAGCUGCUGCGCCUCUGGAACAAGCUCUCAAUCAGUUUAACCAAAGGUUGCACUCAGAAAUAAGCACAAGUUCAGGGAAUUCCUUCUGCCUCUGCACCGAUGGUCAGCUUCAUCUGCGUCAGGUUCUGCAUCCAGAGGCGUCCAGCAAGAACAUCCCACUACCUGAAUGUUUUUAUUCGUUUUUUGACCUGCGGAAAGAGUUCAAGAAGCAUUUUCCAUCUGCGGCUGAUCUGAAGGACUUGGAUCUUAAUUUUAUGGCCGAUUACCUGAAUGUGAAGGUGGAUUCUGUCAAUAACUUUACAGCACUCAAGGUUCAUCAGAUGUCCGGCAUUGCUCUAGCACUCGUCUCUGAGCCAGGCCGUCAAGCGUUCUCGUGCCCUGAGAAAGUGAAUGAGAAGUUUGAAACUGGAACCUGCAGUAAGAUGGAGCGGAUAGAUGACAAUACUGUGAUCAGGGCUCGAGGUCUUCCCUGGCAAUCCUCAGACCAGGACGUUGCACGUUUCUUCAGGGGUCUCAACAUUGCCAAAGGGGGUGCUGCUCUGUGUCUGAACGCUCAGGGCAGAAGGAAUGGUGAGGCACUUGUUCGCUUUGUGAGUGAAGAACACCGGGACCUGGCACUGCAGAGACAUAAACACCACAUGGGCUCAAGAUACAUCGAGGUUUAUAAAGCGACUGGUGAAGACUUCUUAAAGAUAGCAGGAGGCACUUCUAAUGAAGUUGCAAAGUUCUUGUCACGGGAGAACCAGGUGAUCGUGCGCAUGCGGGGGUUACCGUUUACUGCCACAGCCGAGCAGGUCCUGCAGUUCUUCUCUCCAUCAUGCCCAGUGACGGAUGGUACAGAGGGUAUACUAUUUGUACGCUUCCCUGAUGGCAGGCCCACUGGGGACGCCUUUGUCUUGUUCUCCUGUGAAGAAUACGCAGAGAACGCACUGAAGAAGCACAAGGAACUCCUGGGCAAGAGGUACAUCGAGCUGUUUAAGAGCACAGCGGCAGAGGUGCAACAGGUUUUGAACAGAUAUUCUUCAGCUCCGCUAAUUCCAGUGGCCCCCUCACCUAUCCUGCCCAUAGUGGCCCAGCCUGCAUUUGUACCAUCACCAGUUGCUGCCAUAACUGGAAUGAGGGACUGUCUAAGACUGAGAGGUCUGCCAUAUGAUGCUACUGUUCAAGACAUCCUGCUGUUCCUAGGCGAAUACACAGCUGAUAUUAAACCACAUGGAGUACACAUGGUACUCAAUCAGCAGGGCCGUCCAUCAGGUGAUGCGUUCAUCCAAAUGCGGUCGGCGGAAAGGGCGCAUGCUGCAGCUCAGCGCUGCCACAAGCGCAGCAUGAAGGAACGCUAUGUCGAGGUAUUCGCCUGCUCAGCACAGGAGAUGAACGUGGUGCUGAUGGGUGGCUCACUUUCACGGAGCGGUCUUUCGCCGCCACCAUGUAAGUUACGACGUCUCUGUCCUACAUCUUACUCUUUUCCUCCUGCGGGUGCUGUACUUCCUGCUGGACCAAUGCUUCCUGCAGGGGCAGUUCUUCCCGUGGAGGCAGCGGCUCUCUACCCUUCCCAGUUCCUGUUGAGUCCACGCCCAAUAGCCCCAACCACAUUCUACCAAGCUAACAACCAGAUGUAUGUAAACUACACUUCCUACUAUCCAAGCCCCCCAGGCUCUCCACCCAAUAUGGGCUACUACCCGGCAAGUACACACACACCUGGCUCUAUCCUCUCCAGCCCACAUGCAGCACUGAUCAGGAUGCAGGGCCACUCCUCCACUCAUACCUACACCACCGGAGUAAAGGAAAUCCUCAGCAUGGUGCAGGCUUAUCAGCCCAGCAACAGUGAAGCCUUGGUGACUCUGCCCCCCCUGCUCUCUGCCAAACAACCUAUUGCAGAUCAGAGUCUCGGAGGUGGAGCCUAUCUGGACUUGCAGUUGAUGUAGCCAGUGCCAGUCAUGAAGCCGCAUCCCCUUUAUUGUCAAAAUUUGGCCCUCGGCAACAUAGCAUGUUUUGUCAUUCUAGCUAUUUAUGUGAACUUAAAAAGAAAGAUUAUAUAUGAUUUUUUUUGUAUAUAUUGCACAAUGCAUUCGUAUAUGAGUUCAGUAAUUCUGCAGUAGUCAGAGAUAUUUGUUUUUUGAGUGUGUGUGUGUCUGUGUUAGAAUGAAUAAUCGCUCAGGAAAAAGCUGAACCAGAAUGAGCAUAUUUUUUGCAUUGAAUCAAACUUUCUAUUAAUCAUUAGCCAAAUUGUUAAGAAAGAAAAAAAAAAUGCAUAUAUUUCUGUAGAGUGUGUGUGUGUGUGUGUGUGGCCCUGUCGUUACAGUCUUCACACACGCUGAUGUGAAUGUUUGUGCCUUUAUCCCAGCCGAUGUGACUCUACAGUUUGUAUGUGGUAAUGCAUAUAGAUGUCCUCAAUCUGGACUCUGCUUUUGCUUUUUUGUGUUUUUGUUUGUUCGGACGCUUCCACAAUGAAGUUCAAAGAGCUACGUAACAUGAAAUGUUUACAAGGUAUGCCACGCGCUUAUGCGUGGCAGCGUGCAGGAGGUUUGGAGCACAAGUGUCGUCGCUCGCAGAAGUUUGCUUUAAUCUUUAAUCAUUUCGCCAAAAAAAAAAAAAAAAAUGUUCAGGGUCAAACCACAACAGGAACAACCAGUACUUACUGUACUCUAUGUGUGUGUGUGUGUGUAUUGUGCCUCAUAAUUAAAAUACACAAGUGUCAUUAACGGUUAACCAUUUGCGCUUGUACCAUUUAGUUUUAAUUGAUGUAAAUCUAUUGAUGUUUGUGUGUGUGUGUGUGUGUGUGUGAGUGGAUGCAAUAAUCAGUGUGUGUACUUACUGUGCUCAAUGAGUGUUUUGGGCCUACUGGAACAGACAUACACACACAUGUAUUUCAGAUUAUCGAGUUUGUUAGUGCAUGUAAUGUGAUUUGAAUUACAAGCCUGUUUCAAUGCACAGGCUUAUUUUUUUGUUUUUGUUUUUAAUGGCCAUGAUUCUCUCAGCUUAUACUUAUAUAUAUAUAUAUUUUUUUUUUAGUCAAAGAAUUUUUUAGUCUUUUAUAAAAAAAACAAACAACGUAGGAUUGAAAAUAUGUUUUAAGAUGAUGCAACCUUUCAAUUCCAUCGAGUUCCUUCCCCAAAGUGCCAACAGGAAGUAGUACAGAAAAGCACUACUCAAUCAUGCCAGGAAAAAUCUCAAAAUAUGCCAUAUCAGAUGUCAGAUAUUUGUUUGGCUGCAAUAUUAUGGAGAAAGUGUUAUUUUAUUUUGGUAUUUUAUGUUAACUUAAAAGGAAAAAAAAAAAUAAAGAAAAAGUUAACAGCU